AGGAUCGCUCGGGCGCAGCCGGCGCGUGCCCGCGGCGCUGGGAGCGAGCGAGUGAGGCGGGGAGCGCGCGGUGGGCUCGGGCCGCGCACGGAGCGUCUCGGCCGGAGCGGCGCAGCGCAGUCGGCCCUCACGGAGCCGCCAUCGGGGGAGCCAAGGCCGCCUCAGCGGGUCCCGCCCUGCCCGGCGCCCACAGAGAUGAAAAGGCUUGGGACCUUCGUACCUUCCCCUUCUCCAAGGUUUUAAAAGGACGGGAGACAACGGCGUUUGUAGUGAAAGGCAAAGCAUCUCAAGUAUUUCUUCUGGAGAAGAACCGAGUUUCUUUCCCGGUGAAAUGAGCCGUCAGACCGCCACAGCACUGCCCACAGGUACCUCCAAGUGCACGCCGUCGCAGAGGGUGCCCGCGCUGACGGGCACCACCGCUUCCAACAAUGACUUGGCCAGUCUCUUUGAGUGUCCCGUGUGCUUUGACUAUGUGCUGCCACCCAUCCUGCAGUGUCAGAGUGGCCAUCUGGUCUGUAGCAACUGUCGCCCCAAACUCACGUGCUGCCCCACUUGCCGAGGCCCGCUGGGCUCCAUCCGUAACCUGGCUAUGGAGAAAGUUGCCAAUUCCGUACUAUUCCCGUGUAAAUACGCCUCUUCUGGCUGCGAGAUAACCUUGCCGCACACAGAAAAAGCAGACCACGAGGAGCUGUGUGAGUUCAGGCCUUACUCCUGUCCCUGUCCCGGUGCUUCGUGCAAAUGGCAAGGUUCUCUGGAUGCUGUGAUGCCGCACCUGAUGCAUCAGCAUAAGUCAAUUACAACGCUGCAGGGAGAAGAUAUAGUGUUCCUGGCCACGGACAUUAAUCUUCCUGGUGCUGUUGACUGGGUUAUGAUGCAGUCUUGUUUUGGCUUUCAUUUCAUGCUAGUGUUGGAGAAACAGGAAAAGUAUGAUGGUCACCAGCAGUUCUUUGCAAUUGUACAGCUGAUAGGAACACGCAAGCAAGCAGAAAACUUUGCUUAUCGACUCGAGCUAAACGGGCAUAGGCGGCGAUUGACUUGGGAAGCAACUCCUCGAUCCAUUCAUGAGGGAAUUGCAACAGCCAUUAUGAAUAGUGACUGCCUAGUCUUUGACACCAGCAUUGCACAGCUCUUUGCAGAAAAUGGCAAUUUAGGCAUCAAUGUAACUAUAUCCAUGUGUUGAAAUGGCAAUCGAACCUCUUCAGGUCAGUGUUUAAAACCGUUGCAUUUAAUUUAGCAGAAAUAGGGUAACCAUCUUUGACUGUCAGACAAAUUAUUUGGUAGAUGGAGAGUAGACAUAAAUGAAGGUAAAUAAAAGGAAAGGCUGUUAAAUUACAGGAAGCAGUUGCAUGUAGUAACUAAUAUAUUUAAAAUAAGUCAACAGUAAACCACUGAAAAUAUAUAUACACCCAAAAUGGGCAUCUUUUGUAUUAUGAAUUGAUUCUACAGGAAACGUUGUAAAAUAAUUCUAAAAACUUGUUUGUAGAUUGAUUGUACUGUUGAAAAGGAUACUGUUUCGUGUUUUUGUUUGUGUUUUUUCCUCCCCCUUUGACUGACAAGCCAUGUUGAGCAGUCUGGUCUCUGGCCGCUGCUUCCCCUCCUCCUCCCCACCCCCCCUUUGUAAGUCACUACAUAGUAUUGCUGCUGUUUGUGUAUAUUUUUUGUGUAUUUGCUAAUUUUUAUUAACUUCUAGUUUUUCAUUAAAUAAAUAUGACUUUCUUUUCUGUAAUUCAGGUUUUUCUCUUUUUUGUAUCUUUUUAAGAUUAAUUACAGGUGUCAUCUUUUGAUAUGCAUAAUUGCUAUGGUAAAACUUAUAUUUCUGUAUGUUUGGUAAAUUUUGUCUCUUUCCAGUAGUCAAUUCAUUGGUGAUACUGUUCUUAAUUGAGCUAUUUGUGAAUGUACUGAACUCAAAAGGAGUGCUUAUGUUCAAAGACGUGUGUCAGGAAAGACAGCUCCUUUAAAAACAGGUCUAGAUGUUGUUGUACUUUGAGUUAUCUUCUAACAAAAAUGAAACAAUUAUUAAGAACUUUCCAAAUUAAAAAAAAAAUAGUAAUUCACAUUGCAAAUUUAGAGAUGCUUAGAAAAAUUGAUUGCAUCCUUGUAUUUGUCAGUUGGCAGUACAAAGAAAGUCUUAUAUUACACAAUAUUUGUAAUUAUAAAAGCAGACCAUUUGUCUCAAAAAAAAAGGCAGUCAGAGAGAGAUGUUUUCAGUCUUUUUAUAUUUGUCAUUAAAAGAUUACCUGGCAAAUGAAAAAAACACAGCCAACUUCUGCUUUUUGCUUUAGCUCAAAGUUUGACACAUUGAUGCUCUUGCUUAGUUUCUUGUCUUCAUGUCUUUUGGUUGUUACUAAAAGCAACUGUCUGGAGCUGACUUUUGUAUCUCAUUUUGGUGACAUAAUCCACAUGACAAUGCAGAUAAAUCUCUUCCAGGUGUGACUGACCAGCCCUAAAGGCUUUGGAAGGAUACUGGGCUUUAUGCAGACUGCCUGUAUGUGCAAACCUGAACCAUGAAUGUAAACCGGAUUUGUGUUACAAAACAGACACAGACAAGAGCAGGGAAAAGCUGUUCCACCUCAAGCAGGAAGGAAAUAUUUGUCAAAGCAAGUGGUAGCGGACGUGUUGGGGAGCUGGUCUGGCUGUUGACUACUUUUGUAACACAUUAAAAUACAGUUUAUUUACUGUGCACUGUCUUAACUUUCUUAUCAGAAGUUGAUCUGUUAAGACAACUCAUGUUCUUACUGUUUUUGAUGCAUGAUGAGGUAAGUAGUUCUACAGGUAAGGAACAUAAAAUCCAUUGGGUUGGAUGAAUAAAAUACUACAGAAAUAGUUGGCUUCAUGUAGUAAAGUUUCACUCUGAAAAUUUGAUACUUAAGACUGUUUGAACUGUGCACAGAUGUAAUUUAAAAGCUGUACUGGUACCUUGUGACAGUAGAUAAAUGCUUCCAAAACUCCUGCAAUCUAGCAUUUUUUCUUUUUGAAUAUGCAGCCAGCUGUUUGCAGUUUUCUAAAUUCAGUAAUUGUUCUCACCUAAUUAAGCUUGUCUACGUUUACCUCCAGUUUGUCUUUAACAGAGAGUUGGCUAAAUACUCUUUUUAGAGGAGCCCACAUGUCCCUUGCCUGCCUGGCGGAGCUGAGCCACUCCAGCUCUGGCUGUGCUAAGGGAAUGUGGUGGAGAAGGUGUGUGGCCCCUCUGGGCCUGCCCUGACAGGCCGGGGCUGUGCAGGGUUGGUCAGGGCUGUGCUCAGGAGGGCUCAGCUGGGGCUGUGUCCCCAGGAGCACUGUCAGCCCCAACCCUUGUGCUGGGCUGCAGUGAUCUGGUGGAGGUACAGGGGGCUGGAGCUCAGGGCUGUGCUCUGGAAUGGCCUUGGCAGUGAGCUUUGUUAGCUGCCUGCUGUGCUCAGACAGGUUUGUUCAUGUUUCACAGAGGACAAGAGCUAUAGCAUAACUACUGUAUGCUGACUUACUGUAAUGUAAAUUAGUAUUGCUCCAUUUGGUGUUAAAUAAUUGUAUAAAACCUUUAAUAUCCAUCAUCAGAUGGAAUUACGAAAUUACCCUUAGGCCCAGAUCCUCAACAGUAUUAAAAGCCUAAAGAGUGGGAGGAUCUGAUAAGUCAACUACACUGUUCUGUAUGAAAAAAGAAACCAUACUAGAAGUCUGUACAGUUUACUACCUUAUCUAAAAUAAAUGGUGUAUUAAAGCCUGGCAUUGUCUUAACAUUAGCUAUUUAUUUUAGAAAGUGCUGUUUUACUUUGCUGUAUUGGGAGGAGCAUUCAAUUUGUCUCUAAAAGGUGAAAUGCAGUAGAUCUUGCAUUUGUCUGCUAGCACUACCUCCAUGGUUUUUCAUUGCCCUUUAAAAAAAAAAAAAGGCCUUAAAAUGUUUGACAAAUGUGGAUGUAAAUAUUUUGAUUCUGUUGUGACAGUUCCUGCUAGUUCUUGUUUGCAGUAGUGGUUUAAAAUUAAAGCAGGUGAAUGGUUUUGUA